CUGAAAGUUAGGGGGAGGAGAAAGACUAGCAGGCCUUUUUUUGCUGUUGUUUGGUGGUAUUCUUGUCAAGCUGUUGGUGUUUAUUCUGCAAUGCCAUUAAUGCUAGUUAAAUAUAACUAAAAGCUAGUGCUGACUUAAAUCAAAAAAAUCUGGUAAAGAAUAGGAUCUAAAAUGACUUUCCUUCCAAAGUGGUUAACUUUUCUAAAAGGCAAAGAGGUCAUUAUUGCCAAUGCAGUAAUUGCGAUAUUGACAAUCGGCGGGCAGCAACUUUUCUCUUUUUUCACAUUCAGCUGUCCCUGUCAUGUUGGACAGAACCUUAUUUAUGGUCUGGCUUUCCUAGGAGUGCCUGCCCUGAUCCUUCUGAUUGUUGGAUACGCCCUGAACAACCAGACUUGGAGGCUGAUUAUGGGUAAAAGGCCUCAUUUUGAGAGGGUGACUUCAUCCAACAGGUUGCUGAAAUGCAAACUGGUCUGCUUUGUCUUGUGCAGCAUCACUGGGAGGGCCCUGGUCGCUCCAGUCACGUGGCUUGCAGUCACCCUGAUAAAUGGCUCAUAUUAUAUCUGUGCUGUGAGCGAGUAUGUCCCUGUGUAUUACUAUGGAGCUGCUCCUAAUGUUACUGCUAGUGAACGCAGUAGGAUAUUGGCUACGUUUCCCUGCAGUCAGCUGGUUCCUCCAGAGCUGACCCGAGCAAGAGAUGAAGUGAUUCUCCUCCUGCGAUACCAGUCACAAGUGGCUGGCUGGCUUCUGAUUGCUGUGGUGGUCAUCACUGUGUUCCUUUCUUACUGCCUGGCAAGCUGUUUCUCCCCGCUCAGCUUUCUGCAUUUCAGAUACUGGAGCAGCUACGUCCACAACGAGCAGGAGCUCUUCGAUGAGGCGGCAGAGCAGCACUCCAGGCUCUAUGCCAUGCAGCACGUAAGGAAGUUCUUUGGCUUUGUCCCAGGAAGUGAGAAUGUAAGGGAAAUUCGUAUCCCAUCUCUCAGGGAGUGGCAGGCCAUUUCUGGACUGGCCUUUCUAAAACGAGUGGAUGAGGAGCACUAUGAUUACAGCCUCCUCCAUGACUGGGCACUCAAGGAGCGUGCAAGUGGAAAGUAUCUGAGGAUUGAUGAAGACCCUGGGAUCAUAACACAGCUCUGAAGAUACAAGCCCCCACAAUACUUUGCAGAAAAACAGGAACCUGUCUAGCUGUAUACAGACCUGAGCUACCCUGGAACUUUCCAAUAUAGUAUUACAUUGAUGUAUAAAUUGUGUGAGAAAGUGCAUUUUGUUAACGUAGUCCUUUAGCGCCUGCUUACAGAUGUUUUUACUGAUGGCAUUUUGACUCCUGUAGGAUGUUGUGAUCCAUGCCUAGAUUAGGGUGGGCUAUUUCAAGCUUCAGCUCUCUGCUUUCUAACAGUUGUGCUGAAAGAAUAAGUACUGAGAAAGUUAUUUACAAAUGCUUCUUUUUUUUUUUUUUUUCUCUUUAUUCAAAGGAUCUUUAAGAGGUAGACCUUGAUGGGUCCUAUGAAGUGGUCCAUUCUGUAUAGAGCAAGGGUGCUAUCCAGCUUUUCUUUAGUGACACCUAGCAGAAAUUACUUAUUUCUCCUCUUCCACUUUUUUUUUUUUUUAUUAUUAUUAUUGAAGUAAUCUACACUGAGCUAACUACUAGUUAAGUCUGAGACUACAGAAUGUAGGAAACACAUGGGGAAAUUUUAUCAUCAAAGGCUGAGUUUAGACACAAUGAUGAGAGACCUUUCAAUUCUGAUAAGGAGAUAAAUUGCCACUGAGACACAUGGUAGAGGUGUGUAACACAUGGCAGCUGUAUGAACACUUGACAUAUGGUGAACUGAGUUGAAAUGUAUCCUGGCUGAAAGCAAUAGCAGGGUCCAUCUCCUGUCUGGAAAUACUUCAAAUUCUCCAAGGUGUUUGUGUGCUUGCCUACUGUACAAAUAGAAAAUGAGGAUGAGAAAAAUCUCAGUCUGGGCAGUAGGGUUUGCUUUGCCUCUGUACACUUGUAAUUUAUAGAUAUAUUAGGCUCAUUAACAUUACUGUGAUUAAAAACUACUGAACUUUGUGAAAGAAGGCUUAAUGGCGUUGUUAAGUCAGUUUGGUAUGAUGUGAUAUUACUGACCUCCUCUGCAACACUCCGCAGAUGUUUCUAACUCUAAGGGGGAGGGAAAUGCAUGCCAUAAUUUUUUAAUGCUUCCUGUAUUGCCUUGCCAUGUACACAUAUAUAUGUGGGCUCCAAAGCUAUAUGCUACACUAUAGGAUGCUAUCUGCUACUAAUAAGUGACCCCAAGGGCUUGAGGUGGAAAAAACUCAUUAUUUAGUACAUUUUACUAGAAAAGGCAGGAGCCAGAACUGCCCUGUCAUUCCCCUCCUCAUCUGGAUAGAGGAGAGAAUAUAUAAGGAAAGGCUCAUGGGUUGAGAUAAGGACAAGGAGAGAUCACUCAGCAAUUACUGUCAAGAGCAAAAGAGACUCCACUUGGAGAAAUUAUUUUAGUUUAUUACCAAUGAAACUGGAGUGGGGUAAUGGGAACUAAACCUGAAGUACCUUUCCCCACCACCUUUCUUCUUCCUGGGCUCAAUUCCACUCAAAAAUUUUCUACCUUCUCUCCUCCAGUGGUGCAGGGGGUGUGAGUAAAUGGGGGUUGCAGUUCAUCACAUUGUCCCUGCUGCUCCUUCCUCCCUGGAUGGAGGGCUCCUCACAUUCUUCCCCUGCUCCAGCAUUGGGUACUCCCUCCACUGGCUUCUCUGGUGUUGGUCCCUUCCAGAAGCUGCAGUUCUUCAUGAACUGCUCCAGUGUGGGUCCUUCCAUGGGGUGCCACCCUUCAGGAACCACCUGUUCCAGGGUAGGUCCCCUGCAGGGUCACAAAUCCUGCCAGCAAACCUGUUGCAGUGUGGACUCUUCUCUCCACAUCUUGCCAGGAGUGCUCUAGCACAGGUUCCUGGUGGGGUCACAGACUCCUGCAGCCACCCACCUGCCCUGGUGUGGGUUCCUCCUUGGGCUGCAGGUGGAGCUGAUUCAUCAGGGACCUCCCUGGGCUGCAGGGGCACAGCUGCCUCACCAUGGGCUGCACCACGGGCUGCAGGGGAACCUCUGCUCCAGGGCCUGCAGCACCUGCUUCCCUGCCUUCCUCACUGAGCUUAGUGUCUGCAGAGCUGUUCCUCUCACUCCUCUCUGGCUGCAAUUUCUGUUGCUCAGGAUCUUUUCCUCCCUUCUUUAAUCUGUUACCCCAGAGGUGCUGCCACCAUUGCUGAUGGUGCUGAGCCUUGGUUACUGGUGGGUCCGUCUUGGAGCUGGCUGGCAUCAGCUCUGUGGGAUACAGGGGAAGCUUCUGGCAGCUUCUCACAGAGCACCCCUGCAGUGCCCCUGCUACCAAAAUCUGGCCAUGCAAACCUAAUAAAAGGUAAUGGAACUGCACUGUUUAUGUGAACCCCUUAAGAAACAAAGUAUCUCUGGUAGUAAACACAACUUCUGAUUUAAUUUUAAAAAUAUUUGUGGGGCUUUUUAAUAAAAGAUGGAACACUGUAAUCUGGAACACAUGCAACUGAUCUGUAUAUCUGAAGGUUUUGAUAGAAAACGCUGAUGUCUGGAUCCAAAUGACAAAAACCUGCUGUUUUCAGGCCAGGUGAAUUCUUUCCACAUCUGUUGUUUUAUAGUACUACUAUAAAGUUAUGUAAUAUUUGCAGUUAAGAGUAAGCUGUAAAAUUCUUUUCAUUUCUUGCUCACCGAAGGCUUCAUGGUUUCUGAUUUUGUCCCAAUUACUAUCUGCCCUGCAUUUUUCACAACAGUAUGUAAUCUAAAAUACUGACUGGAAAUACUGUCAUCGUGAAGUCAGCCUGCCAAUAUACUAACAGACUAUCACUUUGGUAGUAUAUAUUAAUCCACAGUACUACAGCUGUAGUUUUUGAACUAAUUUGGUGUAUUUCCCUUUACUCCUCGGCUCUUUGAAACUACCAUGAGGAUUGGCAGUGAAGGUUUUAAA